GAGACCAAGUGCGCAAGGGACGCUCCACGCCGAGUCGAACGUAGCACAGCGUCAAUAUCAAAGUGAGCUAGGACCAUGCGGGCCAUGUCCUUCCAAGACUUGUUCGUCAAGCCUAUCGAGCCUGCGCGUCUACCGCCGGCCACGCCGUUGCUGUCGCCCAGCUCGACCUUCGACGGGCUCGGUAGCUCGACGCCCAAAGGCUCGAUCGACUUCAUCCUGGACGACGCCAGGCACGCGGGCGUCAAAAUGGAGCCGAAUCUCGUGUCAGGGGCAGAAAAAGGAGAAGACACGGAGCUGCGGCUUGCCACGCCCACCUCCGCCAAACGCAAGGCACAGGGCGACGCUGUAGACGCCACUGCGCCCAAACGCAAGAAGAGAAAAGCUCGUAUCUGCAAGGAACCAGAUUGUGAUAAAUACGUCGUGGAUCACGGUCUGUGUAUCCGACACGGGGGCGGCAAGCGCUGCAACGUCGAGGGCUGCAAUUGCCGUGCGCAGAACCGAGGGCUCUGCUGGAAACACGGUGGCUACACCAUCUGCAAGGUGGAAGGCUGCUCCAAGCGCGCCAAGUCGCGCGGCAUCUGCUGGUCGCACGGCGGCGGCACCCGCUGCAAGUUCGAAGGGUGUUCCAAGAUCGCAGUGUCGCUGGGGCGGUGCUGGGCGCACGGAGGAGGCAAACGCUGCUCCAUCGCGACGUGCCGGAAGCCUGCGUCCGAGCGGACCAACAACUUCUGCACCGACCACUACGCCUGGUACAGCCAGCACGAGGAGAACGUCGCCGCGGUCACCGACGAGCGGCAAAUCCUGGCUCAACCGACGCAAUAG